AUGGAGUCGCAGUGCGCGGUGCCGAAGUCGAAAAAAGACUUAAAAGCAGCGCGGUUGGCUUAUAAUGACAAGCUCAUUUGUGCGGUACAGAAGCGGCCGAUUUUGUGGAACUUUACCCUGGGUGACUACAAACAUCACAGGAAAAAGCUUUCGAUCUGGGACGACGUGUUGGAGGAGGUCGGCGAAGAGCCCGAAGGCAACACUCCGCAAUUCCGAUGGAAGAGUCUUCGUGACACAUUCACAAAGAAAUUCAAGAAAUGGAAGGUAGGCGCACCAAGUGGUUCCGGCGCAGAUGGUGCCAAGGAAGUCCGCUGGUGCUACUUCAAAAUGAUGUUCUUCCUAAAGGACUUUGUCGAUGUUCCAAGCACCACAAGCAGCAUGGUGCAGGGGUGCACAAAGACUCAGGAGAGCGCAGAGGCCGUCCUCAUGGAGAUUUACAGUGAGCGAAAAGACCCGCUGGAGCACGGUGAUGCACCAGACAUCCUGAGCUCAGACAGCUCUUGCAGCCUGUCAAGUGAGGCUGCAUCACCAAAGGCACCACCAAAGGCCAGCACUUCAACUGCUCCCAAAAAGCGAUGUGGCGUAAAGUCAAACCGAAAGAAAAGCAGAGUUGAUGUUGAACUAGACAAGGUCGACGAGCAGCUCGAUCAAGUAGAAGAGGUUGACGAGUGCGCCCUCUUCGGUGAAAUCAUGGCCCACAAGAUGAGGCUGUGCCCACAGCGACUGAGAACUGAUUUUCAGAUAGGUGUGCUUGGGGCAGCCAAGAAGUUUGAGGGGGAACAAUAA